AUGGAGUGCCAGCUAGUAUUGUGUCAGACCGUGAUCCCAGAUUCACUUCAGAGUUUUCAGGCAGAGAUGGGCACUAAGGUGCAUCUGAGUACAGCUUAUCAUCCGCAGACAGAUGGUCAGUCAGAGAGGACUAUUCAGACUUUGGAGGAUUUGCUGAGGAUGUGUGUGUUGGAUUGGGGUGGCCAUUGGGCAGAUCACCUGAGCUUAGUUGAGUUUGCAUACAACAACAGCUUUCAGGCGAGUAUUGGCAUGGCUCCAUUUGAGGCUUUGUAUGGGAGGCCAUGUAGGACACCCCUAUGCUGGACCCAAGUGGGGGAGCGCAGCAUGUAUGGAGCUACUUAUGUUCAGGAGACGACAGAGAAGGUCGUGUUGUGA